UCCGCCGAGAAGAAGAAACCCCACACGCCACCUCGCAAUCGCCGGCCGUCACCGCAGCACCCAUUCAACUAACUUUAGCUGUGCCGCUUUUUGAUCUCUCCUUCCUCUUGGCUUCGUCUUCUCCCUUCCUACCUCCACCUACUCUACUCGUGUCUUUCGCCCCACCCCAAGAAACGCCUCUCUCUUUCCCCGUCGCCCGAUUCUUGGUUCUUUCUAUGGAGCGGCUAGCCCCUUGCGCCCCGCCGCCACCACAGCCACCGCUGGUGCCGGUGGCUAGGGCCGUUGUCCCGGUGGACUUCACGGUAGUCAAGAAGGGCCCCGAGAUGGCGAUGCACGACGCGACCGGGCGCCUCGCGUUCCGCGUCGCGGCGGCGGCGGGCGGCGGCCACGGAGGGGGGAGGGCCCUCCUCGACGCCGUAGGGGGAACCCUGGUUACCGUCAGGAGCCGCAGCGAGGGCGAGUGGCAAGCAUUCAGUGGAAAUAGUUUGGAACAGAGAGACAUCAUUUUCACUGCAAAAGUAAUAUCUGCUUCUUCAAGUCAAAAGGAGGUACAUGUAUUCAUCCCACCAAGAAGCACUUUUGAAGAUCCAAAACCAAGCUACAGGCUCAUAGGAAGUACAUUCCGAAGGGCGUGCACAAUAAUAAAGGGGAACUCCAUUGUUGUUCAGACAAAUCUCCUGUAUAAGCUCAAGAAGGCUAUCUAUUCACGGCGUAAGUUUAGAGUGACCAUUUACCCAGGAAAUGAUAACAUCCUCAUCAUGUCAAUGAUUAUUACCUUCUUUAUACAAAAUUGACAGAAGAGAUGGAUGCCACUGUGGUUUCAGAAAACUGAUGACUAAUUCUGUCAACCCUAUAUCAUGUAUAUUUUCUAAUUCUGGAUGCUUCCUUCAUUUUUUCUGUCACUCACCAGUUGCUCUUAUUAAACCCACUGCGUUUGUAAACAUUCUAAGUGUGUGUGGUUUUCUGUUUCUGUUUGUGUAGACAUAUGUCCAUGUUAUAACGAUGCAGCACUUUGACCA